UUGCUGCCUUUUUGAUUUCACAUGCAUUUUUGUAACAAAAAUAUUUUUGUUUUAGGGAUUUAUCAAAGAUGUUCAUGAGGACUCCCUCACAGUUGUAUUUGAAAACAAUUGGCAACCAGAGCGCCAGGUGCCCUUCAAUGAAGUCAGAUUACCACCACCCCCUGAUAUCAAGAAAGAAAUUGGUGAAGGAGAUGAGGUGGAGGUUUAUUCGCGGGCAAAUGAACAAGAACCUUGUGGCUGGUGGCUGGCAAAAGUUCGAAUGAUGAAAGGAGAGUUUUACGUCAUUGAAUAUGCUGCUUGUGAUGCCACUUACAAUGAAAUUGUCACUUAUGAACGACUCCGACCUGUGAAUCAGAACAAAACUGUCAAAAAGAACACCUUCUUCAAGUGCACAGUGGAUGUUCCUGAAGACCUGAGAGAUGCGUGUGCUAAUGAAAAUGCACAUAAAGAUUUCAAGAAAGCUGUGGGAGCAUGUCGAAUUUUUUAUCAUGCUGAAACUGCUCAACUAAUAAUACUGUCUGCCAGUGAAGCAACAGUAAAAAGAGUGAACAUCCUCAGUGACAUGCACCUGCGCAGCAUUCGCACCAAACUCAUGCUGAUGUCAAGAAACGAGGAAGCUACAAAACACUUGGAGUGCACAAAGCAGCUUGCUGCAGCAUUUCAUGAGGAGUUUGUAGUCAGAGAAGAUUUAAUGGGACUUGCUAUAGGAACACAUGGCAGUAACAUACAACAAGCCAGAAAGGUUCCAGGAGUUACAACCAUUGAACUUGAGGAGGAUACCGGUACUUUCAGAAUCUAUGGAGAGACUGCUGAUGCAGUAAAAAAGGCCAGAAGUUACUUGGAAUUUGUGGAGGAUUUUAUUCAAGUUCCCAGAAAUCUUGUUGGAAAAGUUAUUGGAAAAAAUGGAAAAGUGAUUCAGGAGAUUGUAGACAAGUCUGGAGUCGUCAGGGUGAGAAUUGAAGGAGACAAUGAAAAUAAGCUGCCCCGUGAAGAUGGAAUGGUACCGUUUGUAUUUGUUGGUACUAAAGAAAGCAUUGGCAAUGUCCAAGUUCUGUUGGAGUAUCACAUCGCAUAUCUAAAGGAGGUAGAACAACUAAGACUGGAAAGGCUCCAAAUUGAUGAACAGCUGCGCCAGAUUGGGAUGGGCUUCAGGCCUUCCUCGACUCGAGUUCCUGAGAAGGAGAAGGGUUACACCACUGACGAGAGCACCCUCUCCUCAGUGCAGGGCUCCAGGUCCUACAGCGGGCGGGGCAGAGGCCGCAGGGGCCCCAAUUACACGUCUGGUUAUGGUACAAACUCUGAGCUCUCUAAUCCCUCUGAAACAGAAUCUGAGAGGAAAGAUGAACUUAGUGACUGGUCCUUGGCAGGAGAAGACGACAGGGAGAGCAGGCACCAACGUGACAACAGACGACGUCCUGGGGGACGAGGGCGUAGCGUGUCUGGAGGUCGUGGACGCGGGGGACCUCGUGGUGGAAAGUCAUCCAUUAGCUCUGUGCUUAAAGACCCGGACAGCAACCCUUACAGCUUGCUGGAUAACACGGAGUCAGACCAGACCGUGGACACGGACGCCAGCGAGUCCCACCACAGCAGCAACCGCCGCCGGAGGUCACGCCGGCGAAGGACUGAUGAAGAUGCUGUUCUUAUGGAUGGAAUGACAGAGUCUGAUACAGCUUCUGUUAAUGAGAAUGGUUUAGAUGAUAGUGACAAAAAACCCCAGCGACGCAAUCGUAGCCGCAGGCGUCGCUUCAGGGGUCAGGCAGAAGAUAGACAGCCAGUAACAGUAGCUGAUUAUAUAUCACGAGCUGAAUCUCAAAGUAGACAGAGAAACCCUCCAAAGGAGACAGUAGCCAAAACCAAGAAAGAAACGGCAAAAGAUGCGAUUGACGAAAACAGCCCAUCUGAAAAGGCAGUGAAUGGUCCUGCCACCACCUCUGGGGAUGAGCCUUCUAAACUACAGCACAGCCCUGAUGAAAAGAAAGUCACUGUUCAGGAAGAUGGAAAUAAUCAGGAAGAAGCAGUGCUGAAUGGUGUUUCAUAAACUGAAGUUCCUAGUUUACAGUUCUUUUACAUUACAUUUAAAAUAGUGCUUGUAUAAGCUUGCCAAAGAUAGAAUAUGGAUCGCCAGUCUUGACACCGCACUUUCAGUUCCUCCAUUUUGGAAUACAGAAAGGGGAGGGAUCCUGGAGAAAUCAUAUGUUAAACAUACUUUGACACCUACUGUGUUAUAAAUAUAUCAUCAGAUGUGCCUUGAGAUAGUAUAUGUAACAUUUAAAUAAACAAAAUUGCUGGCUAUAGGAAA